CCCUCCCAAUUCUUUUUCUUCCCUUCGUGAAGAUGGCGGCGGUCACCGUCGGCGAGGCAGUUUGCGGCGACGGACCAACGAGCGGGAAACGGGCGCACCUGGGCAUCCCCGAGGCCAUCUUCGUAGAAGAUGUGGAUUCCUUUAUGAAACAGCCAGGAAAUGAGACGGCAGACACCGUACUCAAGAAAUUGGAUGAACAGUAUCAGAAAUAUAAAUUUAUGGAGCUUAACCUUGCCCAGAAGAAAAGAAGGUUAAAAAAUCAAAUUCCUGAAAUUAAGCAGACAUUAGAAAUCUUAAAACACAUGCAGAAGAAAAAGGAAUCCACAAAACUUAUGGAAACCAGAUUUUUAUUGGCAGAUAACCUCUACUGUAAAGCUUCUGUUCCUCCUACAGAUAAAGUUUGUCUUUGGUUGGGGGCCAACGUAAUGCUGGAAUAUGACAUUGAUGAAGCCCAGGCAUUGCUAGAAAAGAAUCUCUUCACCGCCACAAGAAACCUUGAGUCUCUCGAGGAAGAUCUGGAUUUUCUUAGGGAUCAGUUCACUACUACAGAAGUCAAUAUGGCUAGAGUUUAUAAUUGGGAUGUAAAGCGAAGAAACAAGGAUGACCCUUCCAAAAGCAAAGCAUAGUUAUUAAU